GAAUGAAGUAGCGGUAUUAAUUACAACGUUAGAGGAACUCGGACUAGUGCCUCCCUGUUCCGAGGUGACCAGUCAGUAACCAAGUUCUAGCAUCCCAACCCCUCACCGCGUUCAACUGGGAGAUUCACACAGAAGGAACAGUAGAUCAUUAUUAUAGAUAUACAGACUUUGUAAACAGUAACUGGACCUUAUGUCCAUCACUGUGGGCGACUGCUUUCCCUUAAAAAUAAUGGUAUUGUCCAGUUACUUGGGAGAAGAAACGUCUAGGGCAAUUUUCCCAAGAACUUUAGGCUACUGGGAAUUUUAAGUCUGCAGAAAAAUAUUUAGUUUCUUUUUAAGGAUUGCCCUUCCUUCUACUUGAUAUUUGGGACAGUAAAGUAGAUUCUUUUAUUUCAAGCCUGAAGUCCUAGAGAAGGGUUUAACAGUUUUUUAAUCUGGUUUGGUCUCUGUUCCUCCAAACAAGAAUUGGGGAAAUACUUGUUUGGAGAAAAUUUUUUCAAGGUUUCUUCUUUGUAGAAUUGAGAAAUCUUAUCCCAGACAGCUCAAGGUGAGGAUUUUUACUAAUCUUUUGGUGGUUUAACAGUAGGUUUUGAUGCUGGUUUAUUCACAGGAUUUAAAAACAAAACAAAACAAACCUUGCUCUCUUAGGUAGCUAACUCAGAAAAUUUAAGUUGUGUGUAGUCAUAUUUAAUGUAGUGAAUGACAGGCAUAUUCUGUCCGGCUGACAAAUUUACCCUGGUAGAAACUGCCAAAUAAGCUGUGAGAUUUGGGCCUAUAUGAUCAUGAACUUAAACAUCUUUAGGUAAAUAAACUAUAGCCCAGCCUUAGCUGAAUUUUGUUUUUUAUAGUUAAUACCUAUGCUUUGAAUUAGGUUCCUAGAACCGUGCUUUCAGAAAGACAGUUAAAUAAAUAACCCUAAGAUUUCCAAUAUAUGUUGUUUAGCAGACCGUUUCCUUCCACUGGUAUAUUUGGUUAGAUUAACAUCCAGUUACUAUUUUUUUGUUGUAUUCUACAGAAUGUUGUUACAUGUCCUCAUUUCUUUUAGGAAUGCUACAUAAGUACCUGCUUUUUGAGGAACACCUCUGUGAUGGAGGACAGUGUGCCAGCAAUAUGGUGGCUUCUCUGUCACCAAACAGCUGGUUAACUUGAGUUUGAUUUAGACUUGUGGGCAUUCUGCCCUCUUCCUUAUUUAUUUAUUUAUUUAUUUAUUUAUUUAUUUAUUUCCUCCAAUAGACCAUCUGGUGUUGUCACCCCUAGUUGGAUGGAUUUGAGAGAUGGUUGUGACGUAAACCUAUUAGUCCUUAGAGUGAGGGCAACUUACUUAGAAAUCCCAGUGGGCUUUAGUUCACUUGCUGCUUGCUGUACAGGAAGGAUCUGUCCAGUAACUGUGGUCUGGGUAAGUAGGCCUCUGAAUCCUGUGUGGUGGUUUCUGUUGCUUGAAAGGCACACAGACAAGUAAGCAGGAAUCAGAACUUUGAUUCACAAAGAUGCCCAUGAUGGUUAAGGACUUAUGGAAGCUAGAGAAAUUCUUCACUCUUGCUGCUCCAUCAUAAUAAACCUUGGUAAUUAGCUUAGUCAUUGUUCUUACAUUUGGGUUUCUCCAAGAUACAAAGAAUGAAAAAUGCAUCUGAAAUAGGGUCAUUUUUCACCCUUCUGAUGCAUUUUAUGCAGAGUUAAGAGCCUGGCUGAAUGCCUAGCCAUUAUUGGUGUAACCAUAGGAGGUGAACUCCUUCCUUAGCAUAUUGCAAGAUAAAAUAUUGCCUUUUACUUCAGUUAAUAGACUUUAAGCCUGCCCAUUCUAGAUUCAUUUCUAGAGGAAGCAAGAGGCACUCGGGGCAUGCCAGCUGGUCAGUAUUUAUUGAGUCCCUGUCCUUUGCAAGGAGCUAUGGCUAGCAAACCAGUAUCAGGUGAGGCAGACCUGUUUCUCUGUGUUCAGCUUAAGAAUCCAAAAAAAAAAAAAAAAAAAAGAAGAAGAAGAAGAAGAAUUGCAAAACUGGAUCAUUUGGCAAGAAAUCUAAAUCUGCAUCUUUUUUGAAGCAUGUUAUUUCAUACUAAAGAUUUUAAGGCAAGAUUAACUAUACCCAGUAUUUACAGUAGGCCAAUCUUCCUGCCUUUAACACAAAUAAUGCAAGGUACUAUUAGUGUAAUUCACAUGUUGAAACUGCCAUUGGAGCAGGAGAUCUCACUUUCAGUGGCUCCUGUGAAUGAAGACUUAGUGUUGAAAUCUACCAAAGCCAUUGCCUUAGGUUGCCACUUAUUUUGUGAAUAGCUGCCAACCUCCAGUUGAGGGGGAAAUAAAGUGUGUUUUGAUUUAUUCCCAUGGCACGUGGAGAGAAUGAAAAUCAUGUAACUGUAUUAAGUACAUCAUAACCCUUUUCAGUUAAGGGGGCUAUUGUCAGACUGACUUUUCUUCCUCAGACCCUGACAACAGUGACAGUGCAGCUGAUAAUUGAAGCUGUUUCCAUUCAUCCCAACAGGAAAACUAGGAAACAUUCUUACUUUGAAAAGCAACUGUUCAUGUAACCAAGGGCGAUCAAAUCAGUGGUCCACACAGAUACCACAUGAGGUAGCUAAGUGGGAUUUCUGAGGAGGGCCUGCUCUGACUUCAUCUUGGCCCACCAUCCACGAUGAGGUUCUUCCUGCUUUGUGCCUACAUGCUCCUGCUGAUGAUCCCUCAGUUGAGGGCAGUCAGCUUUCCUGAAGAUGAUGAACCCCUUAAUACUGUUGACUAUCACUAUUCAAGGCAAUAUCCGGUUUUUAGAGGACGCCCUUCAGGCAAUGAAUCACAGCACAGGCUGGACUUUCAGCUGAUGUUGAAAAUUCGAGACACACUUUAUAUUGCUGGCAGGGAUCAAGUUUAUACGGUAAACUUAAAUGAAAUCCCCAAAACAGAAGUCGUACCAAACAAGAAACUGACAUGGCGGUCAAGGCAACAGGAUCGAGAAAACUGUGCUAUGAAAGGCAAGCAUAAAGAUGAAUGCCACAAUUUUAUUAAAGUAUUUGUUCCAAGAAACGAUGAGAUGGUUUUUGUUUGUGGCACCAAUGCAUUUAAUCCCAUGUGUAGAUACUAUAGGUUGAAUACCUUGGAGUAUGAUGGGGAAGAAAUUAGUGGCUUGGCAAGAUGCCCAUUUGAUGCCAGACAAACCAAUGUUGCCCUUUUUGCUGAUGGGAAGCUGUAUUCUGCCACAGUGGCUGACUUCUUGGCCAGCGAUGCUGUUAUUUAUCGAAGCAUGGGUGAUGGAUCUGCCCUUCGUACGAUAAAAUAUGAUUCCAAAUGGAUCAAAGAGCCACACUUUCUUCAUGCCAUAGAAUAUGGAAACUAUGUGUAUUUCUUCUUUCGAGAAAUCGCUGUGGAACAUAAUAAUUUAGGCAAGGCUGUGUAUUCCCGUGUGGCCCGCAUAUGUAAAAACGACAUGGGUGGCUCCCAGCGGGUCCUGGAGAAACACUGGACUUCAUUUCUGAAGGCUCGACUUAAUUGUUCUGUCCCCGGAGAUUCAUUUUUCUACUUUGAUGUUCUGCAGUCUAUUACAGACAUAAUACAAAUCAAUGGCAUCCCCACUGUGGUCGGGGUGUUUACUACACAACUCAACAGCAUCCCUGGUUCGGCAGUGUGUGCAUUUAGCAUGGAUGACAUAGAAAAGGUAUUCAAAGGACGGUUUAAAGAGCAGAAAACUCCGGAUUCUGUUUGGACAGCAGUCCCUGAAGACAAAGUACCAAAGCCAAGGCCUGGCUGUUGUGCAAAGCAUGGUCUUGCUGAAGCUUAUAAAACCUCCAUCGAUUUCCCGGAUGAAACCCUGUCGUUCAUCAAAUCCCACCCCCUAAUGGACUCUGCUGUCCCACCCAUUGCAGACGAACCCUGGUUCACAAAGACUCGGAUCAGGUACAGACUGACGGCCAUUGCCGUGGACCAUUCUGCCGGACCCCACCAGAACUACACAGUCAUCUUUGUUGGCUCAGAAGCUGGCGUGGUACUUAAAGUUUUGGCAAAGACCAGUCCAUUCUCUUUGAAUGACAGCGUGUUACUGGAAGAGAUUGAGGCAUACAACCAUGCAAAAUGCAGUGCUGAGAAUGAGGAGGACCGAAAGGUCCUGUCCUUACAGUUGGAUAAAGAUCAUCAUGCUCUGUACGUGGCCUUCUCUAGCUGUGUCAUCCGCAUCCCCCUCAGUCGCUGCGAGCGGUACGGAUCCUGUAAAAAGUCUUGUAUUGCAUCUCGAGACCCAUACUGUGGCUGGUUAAGCCAGGGGGCCUGUGGUCGAGUGAUGCCGGGGAUGCUGCUGUUAACCGAAGACUUCUUUGCUUUCCAUAACCACAGCGCUGGAGGAUUUGAGCAGGACACGGAAUUUGGCAACACGGCCCAUCUAGGGGACUGCCACGAAAUUUUGCCUACUUCAACUACACCAGAUUACAAAAUAUUUGGCGGUCCAACAUCUGACAUGGAGGUAUCUUCAUCUUCUGUUACCACAAUGGCAAGUAUCCCAGAAAUUACACCUAAAGUGAUUGAUACCUGGAGACCUAAACUGACCAGCUCCCGGAAAUUUGUAGUUCAAGAUGACCCAAACACUUCUGAUUUUACUGAUCCUUUAUCAGGUAUCCCAAAGGGUGUACGAUGGGAAGUCCAAUCUGGAGACUCCAACCAGAUGGUCCACAUGAAUGUCCUCAUCACCUGUGUCUUUGCGGCUUUUGUUUUGGGUGCAUUCAUUGCAGGUGUGGCAGUAUACUGCUAUCGGGACAUGUUUGUUCGGAAGAACAGAAAGAUCCAUAAAGAUGCAGAAUCUGCCCAGUCGUGCACAGACUCCAGUGGAAGCUUUGCCAAGCUGAAUGGUCUCUUUGACAGCCCAGUCAAGGAAUAUCAACAGAAUAUUGAUUCUCCCAAAUUGUACAGUAACCUGCUGACCAGUCGGAAAGAGCUGCCGCCCAAUGGGGAAACAAAAUCCAUGGUCAUGGACCAUCGAGGCCAACCUCCUGAGUUGGCUGCUCUCCCUACACCUGAGUCCACACCUGUGCUUCACCAGAAGACCUUGCAGGCCAUGAAGAGCCACUCAGACAAGGUCCACGGCCAUGGGGCUUCGAGGAAAGAAACUUCCCAGUUUUUUCCUUCUAGUCCUCCACCCCACUCCCCACUAAGUCAUGGGCACAUCCCCAGUGCCAUUGUUCUCCCUAAUGCUACCCAUGACUACAACACAUCUUUCUCAAACUCCAAUGCUCACAAAGCUGAAAAGAAGCUUCAAAACAUUGACCACCCUCUCACAAAGUCAUCCAGUAAAAGAGAUCACCGGCGUUCUGUGGAUUCCAGAAAUACCCUUAAUGAUCUCCUGAAGCAUCUAAAUGACCCAAACAGUAACCCCAAAGCCAUCAUGGGAGACAUCCAAAUGGCCCACCAGACCCUAAUGCUGGAUCCUGUGGGACCUAUGUCCGAGGUCCCGCCCAAAGUCCCUAACCGUGAGGCUUCGCUCUACUCUCCUCCCUCAACGCUCCCCAGGAAUAGCCCAACUAAGCGAGUGGACGUCCCCACCACUCCAGGAGUCCCGAUGACUUCUCUGGAAAGACAAAGGGGUUAUCAUAAAAACUCCUCCCAGAGGCACUCUAUAUCUGCUAUGCCUAAAAACUUAAGCUCACCAAAUGGGGUUUUGUUAUCUAGACAGCCUAGUGUGAACCGUGGGGGGUACAUGGCCACCCCCACGGGGGCGAAGGUGGACUAUGUUCAGGGAACACCGGUGAGUGUUCAUCUGCAGCCUUCCCUCUCCAGACAGAGCAGCUACACCAGUAAUGGCACCCUUCCCAGGACGGGACUAAAGAGGACACCGUCCUUAAAACCUGACGUGCCACCAAAGCCUUCAUUUGUUCCUCAGACCACAUCUGUCAGACCACUGAACAAAUACACGUACUAGGUCUCAAAUGUGCCCUUCCUCGAGUGGCUUUUAUCCUGUCCAUGUUGUUGAGAGGAUGACGUUGUAAGGGUACCUUAAAACAAGAGACUCACUCAUAGUAAGAGAACCAAGUGGCCAAAGAAACUCUACCUAACUUUGGCAACAUCAGAACUUGCCAUAUGUAGCUACUGCAGCAAGGCUUCUGUGUACUUGCUUGAAAACAAAGGAAGGUGCUGGUCAUUCCAUUUCUUUUGUUUGAAGCUAAAGAGAUGUGUGGCUCCCAGGGGCCACCUGUCACCAGUUUAAAGAGCUGAUACAGUGCUCAGAAGAAUCUGUGAGCAAAUACUUGAAAAUGGGUUCAACUUAGACUGCCAUUCUGCGUGGUCUUCCCAUUAAAUGUGAACAUUUUAAUAUGUAUGCAUUCACCUUGCCUCUUGCACAAAUGUCAAAAAAAAAAAAAAGGUAAUGUCUCAAAGAAAUGAACUUGUAGAUUACCAAACGAUUUGCUAAAAAUUUUAGUCUUUGACCCAAACUGUAGCAUUUUUUUCAUGUGUGGCAUUUUUUUCAUGCCACCAGUGAUCUCUGUUGCGUGUGUAUGCGUGUGUGUGUGCGCGCGCGCAUGUGUGUGCGUGCAUGUAUGCGUGUGUUCUGUCCCCAUUAGGAUUUGUUUAGGUGCCCAUUGCAUCUUUUUUUGUGCUAUGGAAUUGUUUACAUUGCGCAUGACUGAACAAGAGACAGUAACUUCUUCCCACAGCAGUUUGUUGGGCCCAGCUUUGAGUAGGAAAGAAAAUCGAGGCUGAUUUGACUGUCAAAAUGAUUAACUUGACUUACGUGUUACCCAAUGCCAGAAUGUAAGCGUUCUAAGUACCAUUGUGCUGCUAUUCAUUCAAACUUUUAUUACAGUCUUGCCAGCUUAAGAAGAUAGAGAUGUUAAGAGGUAUCCUUGAUUUAUCCACCAGUAUUCAGUAGUAAAAUCUACCUGUCCACUGUGAAUCCAAGCCUGAAUCACUCUAUUUAACCUUGGACACAUGAACAAGGUUUUAUUUUGACUGUUUGGUUUCUCCCAUGUAGUAAAAUUCCUCUUCCUUUACUCCUCCUACCCCCAAGAUUUAAAAAAAAAAAAAAAAACAAAAAAACAAAAAAACAAAAACAAAAAACAAAAAAACAUACACACACACAAAAGACAGAAGACAAAAGAAGGGAACUGUGAGAGGAUUGUAAUUGGCUUAACAGAAACAGUCUAUGGAAACGGAACAGUGGUGCAAUCAUGUUGUCUGUGUUGUGUGAUGUGAGGAUUUCCUCCUAAGUCAUGCAGGUUAUGACAGUAUACUGUAAAUAUUACAUGUGAGUUUACCUGAAUCUGUGCAUUUUGUGCCUUAUUCAUGAGAAUGAUCGAAGUACUCAAAUAUGUCAAGUGUUUUCGGUAUAGCACAUCAUUUCCUGAGUGCCAGUUGUAAAUGUUUUUCAACCAGCACCUGAAAAGACUUUUCAAAAACCGUAAAAACAACCUAGAACCAUUCAUUGUAAAACAAAUCCACCCAGAUAGCUGCAUUACAUCCUUUUGCCAUGAUAAACAUUCCACUCCCGCUUUCCUAAGGAUGAAACAGUGAUAAUGUGAAGUCAGAUGAGGUUUCCCAGGUAAUGUGACACCUGUGGAAACCGUAGAGUCCUCUAUUUGUAGUUUUGCAGAAAUCACUUACAGUUGAUGAUGUGGAACCCUGAUGACUGUUUCAGUUAAUAUGCUGCACACCACGGUUUAUUGAACCUCAUCUAGAAAGUAUCAAGGCAGAGGAAUGCUCCUGACUUAGUCAGACAAAUAAGUUCAACUGAUUUCCUGUGAUAACGCUGAUGAUAUCUAUUACCUGGGGGAGGAUGGGUUGCAGAAGACCAGAGCAUUUUCACACAGAAGGUAGAAUACUGAUGCAGUUAUUCUUUUCCUUUGAGAAUAUUGUCUUAUAAAGAACGUGAUUCCCUGAGGUCUCUGGAAGCUCAAAAGCUCAGACUCCUGUUCUUGAAACACUUCAGCUCUGAAACUAAAACAUGACAGAUUAAUAAUAAAUUAAACCAACCAGUGAUAAACACUACCCAGUCCCACUGCCGACAAACGUGUUUGAAUUCACCUUACCAAUAUUAAUCCCGGCGUGCGGAAAAUGGAACAGUAACUCUAUGUGAACCCGGAUAACAUUUUGUAACAUUGUGCUGCCUUGUAGUUUGUAAUGUGAGUUCUAUCAGUAUUUAUGUUGAAAUUUCUAACAUAAAAUCUAGUCUCUAUCCUGUUAAUUUAAUUUUUAAAUGCUUUAUCCAUUUGUGCAAAGGUAAACACAGAUUGUAUCUUUUUUAAUGGUACGGCAUAAAAAGUAACCCUAAAGUGAAGUGGCUCUAUACUGUUUUAUAGAGUACUUUAACAUGUAUAGAUAUCUUGUAAACUUGUAUUGUGGAUGUGUAAAUAAUAUGUACUUUGGGUUUUUAACACAGCAUGUAAAGUCAAAAUAAAAUAUACAAAUCGUUA